CAGUGCGCGCGUACGCAGAUCGUAACAACAAUAGAUUCAAAAAAUUCAAAAUUUACCGAAACAGUGCGCGUAUUGUAGGAUCGGUGCAGUAGUGCCUUGGAUACUGUUGUUUUCUUUUCUAGACUAUUUCUUUCAGUUCAUAAAGGUGACCUGUCUAUCAAAUUGGUCAUAUAAUGGCUGAACAACUUAACCUAGGUAUGGAGUGUGAAGAUGGAGCUUAUAUUUCAAUAAAAAUACAUCAAGAUUUAAACUUAUUGGAAGACCAGAUGAACCAGAAUAGUAGUGAAAGUGCAAUUGCACAGACUGACCCCAAAGAUGGAAGUGCAGACCAAAGACUGCUGAACCAAAAGGUUGAGCCUGGAGAUUUGGAAAAUGGGCAAGGGCUUUUCAGACAGCCAGAAAUAAAUAUUGGCCUCCUUGGUUUAAGCAUCAAUGAUAAUGAUGUUCCUGAUAGAAGAGAGGAGGCUACAAUUAACCAAAAUCUGGAAGAAGCACCCCCACCACCAUUGAUGCUGGCACCGCUGGCCACCCCUGGAAAUGUAAACGUCAUUAGAAGUACGAGGUUCAUGGAUGAUUUAGGAAAAGAAAUAAAGCUGUACCGCACUCGGGGCCGAAAGCGAGGGGUGUUAAUUUUGUUCAGCUACUCUGAAUUUACGACUGGUGAACAUUUCAGAGAUGUCGCCACCGACAAUGAGAUGUUGGCGGACUUGUUCAGGCAGAUCGGCUUCAACCUCAUCUUACCCUACGAGAACAAAACUAAACAGGAAACAAUUGACAUAAUAAAAGCGAGAUCUCGAGAACUAGAAGGUUACGAAUGCGUGUUCUUCGUGAUGUCGUCGCACGGGUACGGGCGGGACGGCAUGUGGGACACGGAGAUCCGAUGCACAGACGGCGGGCUGGUGUCCUCGCACGAGGUCGUGGACCUGUUCAACAGCGAGCACUGUCCGCGGCUGGCGGGUGUGCCUAAGGUGUUCGUGUUUCAGGCGUGCCGCGGUAGAAAGUUGCCGCCUGAGUUGCAGGGAGUGAUAACAGACGUAUCGAACUUUACCGACGACGCUGAGGCGCGUGACACCGGCAGCCGCGGUCGUAGCUACUCCGAUAUACUCAUCGCUCACUCCACCCUGCCAGGUUUCGUCUCCCCCCGCAACGAGGGAGACAACAAGGGCUCCUGGUACAAGCAGGCGCUCUGCUCAGUGUUCGCAUCCCACGCCCACGAUCACCACGUGCUGGAACUGUUCCAGCUAGUUGACGUAGCUCUGAAGCGACGUUGCCACGCCGCCACGACUACAGUCGAGAGCUGGGGGUUCAACAAGCAUCUGUACCUGCAUCCGGGGUUGGUUGAAGACGCCGAUGGGAACCCGAAACCUAUGCAGUAAAGUUCCAAAUACUAUUCUUCAAGCCACCUUGCCGUGCUGCUAUUCCAGCUUGUUCACGAAGCUCUGAAGCGACGUUGCCACGCCGCCACGACUACAGUCGAGAGCUGGGGGUUCAACAAGCAUCUGUACCUGCAUCCGGGGUUGGUUGAAGACGCUGAUGGGAGCCCUAAACCUAUGCAGUAAAGUUCCAAAUACUAUUUUUCAAGCCACUUUGCCGUGCUGCUAUUUCAGCUGAUCCACGAAGCUCUGAAGCGACGUUGCCACGCCGCCACGACUACAGUCGAGAGCUGGGGGUUCAACAAGCAUUUGUACCUGCAUCCGGGGUUGGUUGAAGACGCUGAUGGGAACCCUAAACCUAUGCAGCAAAGCUCCAAAUUCUAGUAGUUGCUCCUAACGGCUCGGCCACGACAUUGGUCUAAGCGCGACAGCGGUGAGCGGCGGCCAUACAUUGGAGCGAGACACAGCGUUGGGACUUUUCAUUCGCACAUAUGGCUGCCGCUCACCGUUGUCGCGCUUAGACCAAUGUCGUGGCCGGGCCGUAAGGCACUGGUCCCGCCAAAAGCCAUCGGCGAUAGAAACGACCGAAAGAUAGUCGCUCCCGUGUAAAUAAAAGAGACGCGAUGAUAGCGUGAGCAAGUUAUAGUUUGUCACCGAGCGAUGAACUAAAUCCAUAUAUUGGAGCGAGACACAGCGAUGGGACUUUUCAUUCGCACAUAUGGCUGCCGCUCACCGCUGUCGCGCGUAGACCAAUGUCGUGGCUGGGCCGUAAGACCCACACCUGUUGUUGCGUUUAAAGUUCUUUUUAAAGGGACUCGGGACUUUGGAGGUUAACCCCCUUAUUCAUAACA